UCUUCUGGGGGUCCCGGUCUUCUCUACCUCCUACCUACCUACCUACCUACUUGCCUACCUACUUGCCUACCUACCUCUCAAGGUGAAGAAACGGCUGUUGAUGAAGCGCCGUUUUCCUUUUCCCUUUGCUUCCGAAAAAUACAUGGAAUACCCCCCCGAAGACCCCGACCGGUACUAUGACUUCAAGGACACCCCCGUCAACUGGCGACCUGCGUCGCCGCUGAUCGACCGGCAGCAGAUCCCGCCGCUGCUCGUCGAACAGGUCCGGCAGGCCUGCAUGCUCCUCUCCCACUGCAUCGAGUCCGGGGGUCCGUCACGGUUCUCGAUUCUCCAUGAUGGACACUCGGGAAGACUGGAUUUAGGGGAAGCUGAUGGAGACAAGGCAGAGCCUGAGAAGGCGGCAGAGUGGGAUGUGAAUGGAAUCAUACCAGCAGAGAUACCAGCAGAGAUACCAGCCGAGAUACCAGCCGAGAUACCUACGAUGUCUGCGAUACCUAUAGAGAUGUCUGCGAUUCCCACAGAGAUACCCACAGAGAUGGAUACAAGAGAAGAACCUAUUGUGCUACUUGAGCCGGACACUAACAGCCAUGACCACACCUCAAAUGACACGGACUCGCGCAAGGAAAAACACGACUCCGGGAUGGAAUUGCAGCCGGGGGAGGAGGCCAAGACGUCGGACCCGGGCUCGGUCGAGAAUGAAAUGUCUAGACCGGUCGAAACAGUGUUGAUAGCCGAGCCGCCCGUCGCAUCAACGGAGGAAGAAAAUGCACCCGAACCUAGGAAUCCAUCAGUGAUCGGAGACGAGGCCUACCUGUCACCCAGCUUGGACGUGGUGACGUCCCCGAGCGAGAUUGGAUUCCCACCUACACCGCGGGACUGCGCCUCGAAUCCCGACUCGGACGGGGAUAUUGAAGUCUUGCUCGCGCCCGACGCAUCGCUCUGGCCGUGCCGGACGCCAAGUCUGUCGCGCCCGUCUCGCCUCUCCCGCAAGAAGCGCAUCGAGGACCUGAGCAUCGCCCCGCGGCCCAGCACGGGACACAGUCGGCAUACCUCCCAUCUAUUUACACACGACACCGUCGUGGGCCUGAACCUCUCCACUCCACAACUACCACAAAAGACUAGCACAAAAACAACAGAUGCGGCCAUCAUCGACGCCGACGGGGUCGUCCACAUCAUGACCGCCGCAGAGGAGGACCAACGCCGGCUCGAUCUGCAACGGGCCGUGAUGGAGAAGAUGCGCACGGGCAUGAUUGGCGAUGCGAGCAAGGGGUUCGCAUGCAGUACUCUCGGGAUGGCUCCUUUACCGAGCCCUAGACAUUUACCGGAACUUGUCCAUGCAGACGGUGACGAUGCUGAUGCUGAUGCUGAUGCUGAUGCUGAUGUUGAUGUUGAUGUUGAUGUUGAUGUUGAUGUUGAUGCUGAUGCGCUGGAAAUGCCGCGCUCUCCGAAGAAUCUGAUGCGCAAGCUCUCUGUUUUUGGCCUGCGGCGGAAAAAGGCCCCUCCGGCGCGGAGUAUGGUGUGGUGAUUUGAUACCCUUGAAUUAAGCUUUUAUGAUAAGAUGUA